UGAGAAUAGAUGAUGAUCCGAAAGUUGACCUCCCCAUAAUGUUGCGCAGAUGGGUUGUGAGAGACGAGAUUGGCCCACAGUUUAGCUGGAUACGAGCUCCCUCAAAUGCUCCCUUACGAAAAUGCGACUACAAACGGGAUCUGCGUAACGACUAUAAUAUUGUCGCAGGCACGUUUACCACAAAGAACACAGAGCAGGUGCCGAUAUUCAAGAGUUGCAAUCUUUAACAAGGAUUGUACGGCUGUUCGUUAUUGCAGCAAAAGCUAGGAAAGGUUUACUCUCCGUGACGAUCUUUAGGGCACGUGACACUGGUUCGCCGCCAAACGGUGAAUGAUGGCUCGCCCGACUUGCGGCCUGUGAUCAGCGUUAGUGGCUGCAGUUUUUAAAAGAAAGCAUCGAGCCCGCAAGACAUUGACGUAGAAUAAAACUGCAUAACCCGCUUAUAAUUCACUCCGCCUUUAUUAUCUUGAACGAUAUCCACCCUCCCCACCAUGAACGGCACAGAUAACUCACCAAAUUCGCAACCAGCAACAGCAGAGCAACGUCCAGCAGAACCAUCCCAGCUUACCGCCCUCAACGAACCCUCUACAACUUCUCACCCCGCCUCCUCCUCCGCUUCCUCUUCGACCACAGGGCUAUCACAGUGGGAACAAACAAGAGCACAAUGGACACGCGGGCACAGACCUUACAGCCCAAAUCCCCCACCAGCACCUGACUGGUACAAAAGUAAUCCAGCACUGGCAGACGUUGAUGUGACCCAUUUCGAUGCUAUUUAUAAGAGUUUGGUGGAGGGAAGACGAUUUGCCAAGCCCGUACCAUUGCCUUUUGUAGUGGCAGUUUUGAUACAUGGGUGGAAAGUGGAGGGUUUGUGGAAUCCUGCAACUGGAAUUGGGGCAGCAUAUCCUGCAGACGAGAGUAAUAAUAAUAAUAAGAAUAAUAAUCGAUGAUAUAUCAAAGAUUUGAUCCUGUCCCAUACAUUUCCAAAGCGCGCUCGAGGAUGAUCCUUUUGUUGUCAUCUACUGGAUUGUAUGUACAAUAUAUUGAAUUGUAUAGAAC